UUGAUGUAUAACCUCUUCCACUCCUAUUUAAGAGGGAUAACAACUUCGUUUCCUCACAUGUUUUCUCCUCUAUCCUAAUUCCUACUCAGCCUACCUUUGUCUUCUUCCUGCCUUUCCGAGAAGAAGUCAACAUGAGCGGGAUUGUUCGAAGAAGAGUUGCUCCGAUGGAUGCCGACGAAACAGGGUCGGUUGACAGCUUCGAGGCUGUUGGCUUCAAGGCCGUGAAGUAUCAGCGGAUUCCGGAUGACGAGAUGCCGGACAUCCUCUACAGCGUCCAGUACUGCUCCAGCACUGGACGGCUUAUGGAAACACGGGAGAGCGCAAAGCCCUUAGAUCCCAAGACAUCCAACACCGGCCUCGAGGAGACAUCCAAGCCCAGCCCAGUCAUCGAAAUCAGAACCACCGUCCACGCCAGAUACGACGGCGGCGACUACUAUGACGACCCACCCUAUCCUCCCCCUGAGCCGUACUGGUCAGGCUCCGACAGCGACUGCAGCGACAACCUACCUCGUACGCGCCGCAACCGGGAGCCUCACGCUAAGGACCGCACCGAGAUGGUCAUCCACUCAGACCACCUCAAAGCCGCUCUGUCGGCGGUCGUCUCCUACUACCGCGAGUUCUCCCCCGAACACGGCAUCAUCAGAGCCCCCUACCAAGUCCUCGUCGACCACUGGAAGGAGCUCGAGCUGUACAAGCUCAACCAGCCCAGCUGUCACGACGCCGAGUACGCAGACACCACAACCAAACACAUCGACGUGCUCCUCUCCUUUCUGAGAACCACCUUCUCCGAGCGCUUCGUGGCCGAGCGACUCCGCCAGGAGGACCCGCGCGGUCCCAUGGCCACCUUUGACAACUUCUGGACCUUGCUAAAGCCCGGCACCGUCAUCUACCGCGACCGCAACGGCACCCUGGUGCCGUACAUCAUCAGUCUCGUCCGUCUCGAGGGGCCCUACGACGCCCAAGGCAACGGCGAAGGUGAUAACUCGUAUUACCUCGAGUUCUGGAACAUCCAGUACAGCCGCGGCCUGUUGCGCAGGCGCAUGAAGUCGUGCACCAUCUCGGCCUGGCGCGGCGAGCGACUGAUUAACUCCUUGUCUGUCAUCCCUGAGCGGUUUGUCACUGAUGCUGCGAAAGUCGCCGCCGAGAAUCUCAAGCUUGGUAGGCUCUACUGGGAGCUGGCGAAGCAGCCUUCGUAUAUGGAAUAUGAUGGGCAAGUGACCAACGGCGACAGGGCGAGCGGCGGGAGGGGGUACAAGAUGACGGGCCGCGUGGUUGUUGAUUGCGAAGGAUGGGAGCGAUUUGGCGACGGAGGAGUUUUGCCGCAUCUUCGUCGGCCGCGCCGUAACCGCGACAGCUUGAAUCUGGAUAUCCUCCCGCAGGUGAAGUCCAAGUGCGCUUGCCCUGCUUGUUGCAACAACAACAAGUCUUACCCCCCCACCCAGAAUGGCGGACAACGAAGCGACCCAAGCCCCUUCGUCAACUUCGACAAACUCAACCCCAAGACCGACUCCCUCCCCGACAACGCCUGGCUCUACUUGCACGUCCUCUCGCCCACCAUCCCAGCCUUCAUCCUCUCCGAGCGCCGCUGGGCAUACAUCCACCUCUCCGGUCUCGGUCCCGUCCGCCCCGACCUCGACGCAUUCAAGUACCUCGUCUUGGACCCAGCCAUCAAGUUAACCGUCAAGUCUUUGAUCGGCAAAUUCGCCGCUCCUUCUUCGGCCACAGAAACAACCCCCCCUCCAGCAGCAGGUAGAGAAAACAUGCUCACCCCACAGACAGCCUCCUCCUCAGCCCUCACCCCCUGGCCCACCGACUUCGUCCGCAACAAAGGUCUCGGCCGCAUCUUCCUCUUGCACGGCUCGCCCGGCGUGGGAAAGAGUUGCACAGCAGAAUGCAUUUCCGAACUCGCUCGCCGGCCCCUUUUGUCUCUCACCAGCGGGGACUUGUCAACAUCCAUGUCCUCCUCCUCCGUCGAGCGCCGCCUCUCCUACUUCCUCGAGCUAGGCGAGCGUUUCGGCGCUUUAGUCCUUUUGGACGAGGCCGAUGUGUACCUGGAACGUCGCCGGACUCGGGACUUAAAGCGCAACGGGCUUGUUUCCGUGUUUUUAAGGGCAUUGGAGUAUUUCCGCGGAGUGUUGUUUUUGACGACGAACAGAGUAGCAGCCUUCGAUGACGCUUUUACGUCUAGGAUUCACGUGGCGCUGUAUUACCCCGAGCUGGGGGAGGACGAACGAAGAAGAAUUUGGGGGUAUCAGUUUGAGAGGUUGGAACGUGAACCUUUUUCUUCUCACUCCUCUGCUGCUGCAGAUGGGUCUGGGUCUGGGUCCGACGGCGGCAACCAAGUUGGUACUGACAAAAGGUUCAAGUUCUACAUCCCCCAAUCAACAAAGGAAUACGCCUUCCACCACCCUGCCGUCCUGGCGCUCAAAUGGAACGGGCGCGAAAUCCGCAACGCUUUGCAAACGGCCGUGGCUUUGGCGGAAACGGAAGCGGCUGAGAGUCACCCCGGUUUUUCCAGCGGCGGCGGACUUUCGAGUGCGACGACGACGACGACCAUUGCGUUGAUGGAUAAGCAUUUGAAGGCCGUGGUGGGGAUGAGUAGUGGGUUUAAGACGUUUAUGGAGGGUGUCAAAAAGAAGAGGAAGGGGAAGGCGAAGGCGAAGGCGUUGUUGAGAGCGGGGGUUGAUGUUGCUGAUGAUGAUGAUGAUGAUGAUGAUGAUCACGACGACGAAAAUGAUGGGGAGUAUGCGGAUGAGGAAGAUGGGGAGCACGACGGGGAGGGCGAGGAGGAGGAGAGCGAUGAUGAUGAACAUCCUGGUAAGAUGCCAAAGCCUGUUUUUUUGCACCGUGUUGAUGUCGAAUCGAGAUUGAAUAGGUGGAAUGAAUGAUGUUUGGCUGACUGGUGUUUUUUUUCUAUUAUUUUAUUUUCUUUAUAGGAAGCGGGUUUUCGUCAGCCUCCGAAAAUGGGUAUUAGAGAAUGCCUUUUUGAGUUUAAAUAGUUGGAAAGAUGUUUGGCUGACUGGUGUGUUUUUUUUUUCUUAUAGGAAGCGGGUAUUCAUCCAACGGCUCUGAAUCAGGGUAUUAGAGAAUGAAGGCUGGUGAUAUACCUAUCAAAGAGGCCGACGGGAAGCGGUGGAGGAAUGAGUUUGACAAUUAAGAGUGGGUAGAAGUUGAUCUUUUCAGUCUUGGAUAGCCUACGGGUAAGAUCCAUCUAUAA